AUGGCAAACCUGACCAAGUAUAAUGUUGCCAUCUGUCUUGUAGUGGCUUGGGGAGGCUACAGCUAUGGCUUCGGCUUUGCCAUUUUCGUCACCAGCAUCGGCCAACCCGGCUUUUAUCAGUAUUUCAAUCUCGAUCCGUCUAGCACCUAUACAGCAAAGCAAGUACCUCAUCAGGACUUUCGAGAAAACAUAUCUGACUGGGCAGCCAGUAUUCUCGGAGCCAUCAAUGCUCUUUUCAAUUUCGGACUCGCAGUUGGUGCCCUUGCCCAGGGCCCCCUUGCUGAUAUCCUAGGACGAAAGAGAGCAUUUACACUGGCCGCAGUGUGCUCUUUGAUCGGGGCAGCCUUGAUCACGGGUUCUGUUGCAAUUGGCAUGCUCAUCACAGUGCGACUCCUACAUGGUUUUGGUCUGGGUAUGCUUAUUUGCCUGGUACCUCUCUAUCUUACAGAGGUUGCUCCUCCUCAUCGGCGUGGCUGUGCCUGGAUUUCCAUCGGAACCUACUACGCCACCAAUCUAACGGUGCAAUGGAGGGUGCCUUUGGCCCUUGCCUGCAUUGGACCUCUCGCGCUUCUGAUCGGCUUGCCCUUUAUCCCGGAAUCACCGCGCUAUUUGACUCUCAAAGGCAGAACUCACGAGGCGUGGGAUGUCCUUCAAAGGAUUCAUCACGAUCCAAACGAUCCAGAAGACUCUGCGGCCCAUGCCGAGUAUACCCAGAUCGUAAGGCAGGUUGAAUUCGACAAAGAGCAGGAAGCUGGGUAUCUCCAAAUGUUUAAGAAACCAUCAUGGAGACGAAGAAGUUUACUCGCUCUCUUUAUUCAAUUUGCAGCUCAAUCCACUGGGGCAAGUCUAUCCAUUCUCGGAAUUGCCAAUUUUCUCGUCCUGAUCUUUACAAGCUUAGGAAUGACUGGUGUCAUGCCGUUGCUCUUAUACGCUGUUUACUCCACCAUCGGUACCAUUUGCGUCUUCAUCGCCAUCUUCACAGUGGACAAAAUUGGCCGCAGGACCAUGUUCCUCAUCGGUUUUCCAGGCCUCGCAGUCUGUCUUCUCCUCGAAGGCAUACUACAGUGGAAAUACCUGGGUACAGACAACAAAGGUGGCCUCGCGGCCUGCUUGGUCUUCAUCUACAUCUAUAUCGUGAUCUUCCAGUGCGUCGACGGACCGUCGUUCAUUUGGAUGGCGGAGAUCUUCCCAACCACUAUCCGCGCCAGAGGAAUCAGUCUCGGCUUCUUCUCCUACUUCGUUGGUGCAAUCACGUAUACUACCCCCUCAGCUCUUGCGUUUAAGAAUAUCAAAUAUCGGAUGUACUUCCUCUACAUGGGCCUGUGCAUCAUUUCCACUAUCAUCGUGUAUUUCUACGUCCCAGAGACAAAACAGAUCCCCGUUGAGGAGAUUGGUGCAUUGUUCGGCGAUGAGGUCGUUGUGCAUCUUACAGCCGAUGGACAUGGGAUCGUCGAGGAGCAAAAAAUGGUCAAGGUAGAGGGUGCAUCGACUGUGGUUCAUACCGAGAAAGUUUAA